GUGACAUUGAUAAAUCAAAACCUUUCGAAGGAAGAAAAGGUUUUGAUUAGCAAAUGAACAAAGGAAUAUAUCGAAGAACACCUGGAGAUCCUUGACUCUAAGUAUGACUUUUUGUGGGAUCUUACAUAUAAACACUUCUACUGGUAUUCUACAUUGGCACUAUUGUUUGAUCUAGAAAUGAAAUUCGAAAUGAUUGACCAAAAUUGUAUAUUCAAUGUUGAAUAUUGAGAGUAGUACCUAAAAGAGUGAUCAUGUUCCUUACAAAACACUGACUUUGGUAUUUUUGAUUCCCCGAAUCUUAUUCUGAAGUUCCAUGUAGUUUAUAUUGCAAUUCAUGAAGUCAUUACCUGGUCUGAUAUUAAUAUUGGCAUUAGUAACUGUGCUAGGUGCAUUGUUAUUUCAAAAAAUUGAAGGUCCAUAUGAAGAGCGAUCCAGGACACACGUAUCUAAGACAAGGCAAAAAAUUUUUGUCCUAGCUCAACAGUUAGCUAAAAAAGGUAGUAAUGCUGAUUGGUCAAAAUUAGUUGCACAAGUGGAUAGAUAUCGUGAGAAAUUAUAUGAAGCAUGGUUAUGUGGUACAGAUGAAUUAACUAUAGAUAUACCGACAAAAUGGAAUCUUUGGGGUAGUAUCUAUUAUUGUUUCACAUUAUUUACAACUAUUGGUUAUGGUAAUGUGUUUCCAUCCACUGCUGUUGGUAAACUACUAACUAUUCUUUAUGGUAUGAUUGCCAUACCAUUGUGCAGUUUGCUAAUAAGUCGAAUAUCAGAUGUUAUUAUCAGACUGACUAAAGCAAUUUAUUAUAUGACACUUGAUCCUUCUGGAGUUCCAGUUGGAUUAAGAGAAGCUUAUCAUAGAAUUGAUGCAACUUUCGACUUUCGAGUACUUCCUUGCAUAUUAACAUUCGUAAUCUAUCUAGCAUUUGGAGCUGGGAUAUAUUCUUAUAUAGCUGGACAAAAGGAAUUAGAGUGGAGUAUUUUGGAUUUAAUUUAUUUCGCAUUUAUUUCAUUAUCAACUGUUGGAUUUGGAGAUUUAGUACCGGAAACUGAUGUAUUUUUAGCAGUUUUAUCAAUUAUUUACAUAAUUAUUGGUUUAGCAAUUACUGGUAUUGUAUUUGGACGUUUAACUGAAGCAUUUGAACAUGUUUUAUGCGGUCAUACUAUUGAGUCAAUUGAAGAAAAUCUCAUAAAUUCUGAACAAAGUUCUAUUCAAGCAACAAAACUUAUGAAAAAUAGAACAAAUGUAACACAUUUAAAACAAAAUUAACUCAUUGAACAUUGAUUACAAAGUAAUAAUAAAAAGAAAUAACUAAACGAUUAUUUCAUCAACAGAGGGAUGAAAUCUGGGGAUAAACUGAAUUAUAAAACCAUUAUCGAUUAAAAAUAUUUUCUUUGAUUCCUAUUUGUUGUUUGUAAAUGAGAACAAAAUCAUGUUGCUUACCUUUAGUAUGUUGUUAUAUUAAAAAUAAGUGCAGUUAAUACUCAUUUUAUCUGUUUAUGUUUUUUAUUUAUUUUGUAGAAGUAAUUUAUUUGAAGAGAACUGUAAUGUUAACC